GAGGAUCUAAAUACCGUUUAUUCUGAUAAUUUCACCGUGAAGGGCUUAAGCAAAAACGUUUAUAUCGAUGAGCUCGUUCGUGAGAUCCUCGAAAAAACUUCAUCCUUUCGAAUUGACUCGUCAUGUAUGAGACGUGUUGCAGUGGCCAUGCCUGAUUGCCUGAAAACAUUUUCAUUGAGGCUUUCGUCGGCGGAGUCGUCCCAACAGGUCCAUCGAAACGUGACUGCGUUUAUUAGGAAGUAUAGACAAGACAUUGCCGAUGCGUUCAUGACCGAGUCACUGGAUGAUUCAUCCACAGCCCCAGAGUCUAGGGCGGGGGACAAUAUGGCUUUAGAAGAUAAAAUGGAACUCUGGAAUAAGCAUGAUGAUGACGAAGCAUGGAGUGAGCCAAUUGAAGAGUCCAAUAUAUUUCCCGAUAGUGGAGAUGAAUCCCCGAAGCAUCCAGAGAUAGAGACCGAUGAGACUCUCAAUGCUGCGAUGCCCGGAUUGCAAAAAUACCGCGAGUGCAUUAUCGGAAAUCCCGCUUACGAGUGGCUUCUGAGUGAUCUUCAAAGGCACUCUCUUCUCGCACCAUCCAGCCCAGAUGUCAUGACAGAAAUUGGUAGCGCGAUUACGCAAAGCCUACUUUCGCGGCCUCACUUCAGCAGACGAGAGUCGGCUCUACCCUAUAAGAUGACAUACACUAUGAACUGGGACUUGAAGACAUUCCUUGAAGAUCAGGAAUACAAUGAAGAGCAUUUCAAAGCACUCCCAUUGGCCAUCACACUCACAGGCUCCCGCGAAGCAGCUCAGGCAUUGACUUGCUCACAAUAUCUGCAUCAGACAUGGCCAUCGUCGGCUGGAGAGGUUCUAAAACUCCUCCAAGCCCUGCUCAAGUUUGAAGCAAAGAACAGAGAAACAUGUACUCUACCAGAUGGCACAAGACUUGUUGCCUGGUUUCAGUCGUCUAUGACGAGCAAAAUUAUAGUCAAAGUCAAGGGUCCUGUUUGCUCAGUUGCCGAGAUCGGAGAGCAGCUCUCCUGGCUUGGUUCUGCUCUUCGCUCCUCGCCGAAUCCCGAUCAGCUUGUAUACUGUCAGCCUCGGGUAGGAAACUUCCAGUUGAUCCAUGAUAAAUCCCAGAACAAAAAGCGAAAAUACGCCGCAGAGGCCAGUGCAGAGAUUUCAUUCGCAAUGAAAGAACAAGCAGUUUCUCCGAAAGCCAAUGGGGAUUGUUGGCACGAUCUCUUCCGGAACUGCGUUGUGGUUGAAGGUUACCCAAUACCCCGGCGACCUGAAGUCGGCGCUGCAAAUGGCCUUGAGAUCCCCCUUCCAAUGAUGGCUAGUCUGGUGCAAGCGAAUUACGUCAACACAUUUCUGGGAGGCCUAUUCAUCAAAGGCUUCUCUGCCAUGCUUGUUCCCACUGAGAAACACAAUGGGGUCAUUGUGUGGCAUUUGGUGCACAACAAAAAUGGUGAUCGAAUAUCAUACCUCGAUAGCACUGUCACCCCUGUGGAAGGCCUGAUAGCGGGACGGUUAUCACAGGAACGUCACAUUCUUGGAUGGUGCUCAGAUGCAAAGUAUCUUGCUGGAACACGAGAUGCAGAGUAUAAAGUAUCAAGCUCUCGGCUCCCCAGGCCACGCGAAAAUGGUAUUCUUAACCGGGCAUCUAUCUCCAGCGGGCAGAUGAUUACAGGCGGCGAGCCCUUCUUGGUCGGGUACAAGGACACCCCUUUUCAUGUUUCUCGAGCUGGAUACGUGAAGAAACUCAAAUGGAUCAUCCAGAAGUCCGUGGUUCUCUGGGACGAAGAGGCAAAACGAGGAUGGCUGAUAAAUGGAGGAAGCGCCCUUCUGCAUCUUGUGCGUGCCUCCAUAGUGCAUGAUAGUACAGGUCCAUUUAGCUCAGAGUGCCUUUUCCGAUGGGAGAGCCUGAAAGAGGGGCCAGCGCAUUCCACGCGCAGUCCUGAAUCCGCCAUUGCAGUGCUUUUGGACCGCACUAACCGGGCCCUGACAAUAUAUGAGGAUGAAGAUGAGCACGUUACGUUUGAAGACCGAGUCAAGCAUUUUUCGAACAUUCUUGAGCAGAUCUUUGAUCAUCAGAUACAUGCUAUCGGGCCAGAUUGCAGUGGAUAUAUCUCCAAGUCCAUUCCUCGAGCGCAUCUUGAAGGCUGGGAUUUCCAUGACCUUGCCACUGAAUCAGAUCCACUACGCCCCCGACUAGCGAGCAUUGCCCCAAAAGGAAAGGCAUGGGUUGACUUUACGCGGUCAAUACAUGCAAUUAAUCUUCUAGGCCGUGGGUUUGGUGAGAUGCUGGAACCAUCAAAUGUUUCCUGUCCUUACUGGGCCUCGCUUCCUAGGGAUCAAUACUAUCUGGCUACCGGGAUACCAGAUUUGCAGAUGGCUCUAGAAUAUACUGGUGAUUUGGGAACGAAUCCGAUUCGGCUCAGCGAAAACCUAGUGUGGCACAAACCGGAAAUGGCUUUUGAGUCCUGCGGAUGCACAGGGGCAAACCCAGAGCAUACCGACAUGGUACAAGUGAUCCUGCCUGUCACACUGUCAGGUACCCAGGAGAAAGGUAAUGACCCCAUUGACUUGGCUCAGAACGGAGCGGUUGUCUUCGGAUAUAAUCGAAAUUUCCGGUGGCGAUGGAGGGAUACAGGAGACCCCGAGAGAGACGAUAUCGAGGUCAAUGAGGAAGACUACCUUUCCUCGAGUUAUGACGGUCGACCUGAAACGAGAAACACGCUGUAUGUUACGUCUGAGAGUGAUUACACCAAACUGUCAAGCACACCGGCCUCUUCGAUAGGCACCACUGCCACCUCAUCUGUCCAAACCGAGUCUGCACGACCAAAACCCCUUGUCAGAUCGUACACCAAGUGGAAGUUGGAAUCUCUCAGGAGUGAACAUUACGCUGUCGGCAUUGUCUGCGCACUGCCCUUGGAGCUCUUCGCUGUUCGCGCUUUAUUCGAUCAAACCCAUCCUGACCUUCCUCUGUCUGCUGCCGAUUCGAACCACUACGCGCUCGGAAGUAUAGGACGCCACAACGUCGUUGCUGCGUGUCUACCAGAUGGUGAAUACGGCACUAACUCUGCAGCGGAUGUUGCAUCAAAUUUGAAGAGAAGCUUUCCGUUGGUGAAGUUCUGUCUGCUGGUGGGUAUUGGUGGUGGUGUGCCGUCAUCCAGAAACGAUAUUCGUCUCGGUGACGUCGUGGUGAGCAGGCCCAUUGGUAUAAGUCCCGGUGUUAUCCAAUACGACAUGGGCAAGGCGCUUGAAAGUGGCGUCUUCGAACAGAAUGGGUUUCUCCAGCCUCCUCCGCGACUAGUCAGGACUGCACUCAGCAAUUUGAAGUCCGAUCCCCAUCUCCCCAAGGCUCCGCUACAGGAAUACAUCGAAGAUAUUGCGGCACUCCGAAAGGAGUAUCAACACCCGGGGCCAGAAAAUGAUCGUUUAUUUUUUAGCCUGUACGUACACAAUUCUGAACACACCACAUGUGAUUCUUGCAGCGCUGCCUAUGUUAUUUCGCGAACAAGCCGGUCAGAUCACCACCCGCGAAUACACUACGGACUCAUUGCAUCGGGGAACAGCGUCAUGAAAGACGCAAAAUUGCGUGAUAAAUGGAGCUCAGAGAAGGACGUUCUUUGCUUCGAGAUGGAAGCCGCCGGUGUCGUGAACACUCUACCUUGUCUGGUCAUCAGAGGCAUAUGCGAUUACGCGGACAGCCACAAGAACAAGCGGUUUCAGAAAUAUGCGGCAGCAACAGCUGCCUCGUAUGCGAAGCUGCUGCUUUCUUACAUUAAGGAUAGCAGUGACGUCAAUGGAACGGCUUUACGGUCCACCAAGGAUGACCUGAGUCUGCUGGGUGUUCUUCGGAGGGCUUUUUCUUAUUUACAUCCGCAGCAGGAAGUUUGAUCAGACCUUGAUAUCUAGCCUUUGGCCAUAUCGUUACGCGAAUGCUCCAUCUCCCUCUCUAGAUUUCUAUUUCGCGCCUCUAGUGCCUCAAGUCUGUCCACAGAUGUUCCUCGACUUGCAAUUUCCGGAUUUAACCUUUGC